GACAUGAUGACAUCCACGGUAGUGCCCGCCUUCCCGUGCCUGUUCAAAUAGCAUUUCCCUACAUCUAUCGCCAUCGAAAAAAUGCGGACGGGACAUUGGCCGGCUGGAAUCGAGACACCCGAGGCGAUCCGACCGGCGAAGAGUUACUCUUAAAGCAGCCGGCAAGGCUGGUCCCCGGGGAGGAAGAGGAUGCAGCCCCACCUGGCGCUGAUAUGCGUUGCCCUGCUCGGGGGGAGCCUGCCGGCGUCGGCUCGACCCGAGCCCAGGAGGCGACAGCAAAUGGACCCAAGGCGAUGUGAGCUGCCCCGAUCGCAAAGAGACCUGAACUCUUUCCUCUGGACAAUCCGGAGAGAUCCUCCUGCCUACUUAUUUGGCACCAUCCAUGUGCCUUAUACACGGGUGUGGGAUUUUGUUCCUGAGAACUCCAAAGCUGCUUUUCAAGCCAGCUCCAGUGUGUAUUUUGAAUUGGAUCUCACAAACCCUUCCACUAUCUCAGGCCUGGCCAACUGUCAGUUGCUUCCUCGUGGAGAGAAUUUACAGGAUGUGCUUCCCCGGGAUCUUUACCAUCGCCUCAAACGCCAUCUUGAAUAUGUCAGGUUGAUGCUGCCUCACUGGAUGUCUCCAGAUCAAAGGGGCAAAGGCCUUUACGCUGAUUACCUUUUCAAUGCCAUUGCUGGAAAUUGGGAACGCAAGAGGCCUGUCUGGGUAAUGCUGAUGGUCAAUUCCUUGACUGAGACGGACGUCCGUUCACGAGGAGUGCCGGUCUUGGACCUCCACCUGGCUCAAGAGGCUGAAAGGAUGAGGAAGGUCACAGGAGCUGUGGAGAGAGUGGAAGAGCAAUGCCACCCUCUGAAUGGGCUGAACUUCUCCCAGGUGCUGUUUGCUUUGAAUCAAACAUUAUUACAACAUGAAAGUCUUCGAGCUGGCAGCUGGCAGGCUCCUUACACAACUGAAGACCUUAUCAAGCAUUACAAUUGUGGUGACCUAAAUGCUGUUAUAUUCAAUCAUGAUUCUUCACAGCUCCCUAAUUUCAUCAACACAACACUUCCUCCACAUGAGCAGGUUACAGCUCAAGAGAUUGACAGGUAUUUCCGACAGGAACUAAUCUACAAGAGGAAUGAAAGAAUGGGGAAAAGAGUGAUGGCUCUCUUAAGACAGAAUACGGACAAGAGCUUCUUCUUUGCAUUUGGAGCAGGUCAUUUCCUGGGCAACAACACUGUUAUUGAUGUGCUGAGACAAGCGGGAUUUGAAGUGGAGCACAUACCUGCAGGACAACCAGUGGAAAAUCCCAAGGCAAGCCGAUAUCACUCUUCCUCUGCAACAGCUGCCUCCGUUGUCAUUGAGCAUAUACAGUUAUCUUCAUCUUCAGCACUUCCUCAUGCCAAUGAAGAAGAUAGCCUUCCUCCACACCUUCUGUUACCAGAUAGCAUCAGCCAGCUAGAAGAAUUUGGACGGCAGAAAAAUUGGCACAAGAAACAAUAUAAAAUCCACCGCCAAAGGCAAUUCAAUGAUCUCUGGGUCCGGAUAGAAGAAGGCACAACCACCAUGCCUUCCAAUAUCAGAAUGACGGAUGGACUCAUCUCUGUCAACCCAUCGAUUUGGUUCUCAAACCAGGUGGACCAACCGCCACACCCAGACCUUGCAUUCCGCCAUCAUCUUAAAAGUUGUGCCCUUGAAAGCACCAUAGCAUCGCUUUUCGUUGUCUCUGUUCUCACAGCAAUGGCUUCGGUUCUUUCGGAUCUACUGAAUCCUUCCUGACAAAAGAAGGUCUUUGAAGUGCAAUAUCCAAAAAGGGAAAGCAAAUAACAUUCACCUGAUGAUAUAUCUUCUCAAUUCCUUGCUUUACCUGGGCCUUUCAAGCAAAGAAAUGCUAGCACUACUAACUGGUAUAAGACUUUCUUGCCCAGAUGGUUUUUAAAAAAAAAACACUAAAGCUUUAUUUUGUACAUUAACUUAACAUCUUCUUUUUGUAGAAGGAUCUUUAUUUCCCAUGCUGCUAUGGGGUCUGUAAAAUAUAUGUGUUUUAUAUAUAUAUAAAUAUAUAUAUAUAUAAAUAUAAAUAUAAAAAGAACAAGAAAAAAUAAUGUAUUUAUUGAACUGGCAUUUUGAUCCUUGCAAAAUAUUAACGCCAUCAUUCAACCAGCAUAAUGCUGUGGUAUCCCAACUCAGAGGUUUUAGGGUCAUGGUUUCAUGGAUUGUUUAAAUUAUCUAUUCCUACUACCGGUUAUAGUUUGAAGCCAAGGGACUUCCAUACUCUACUAUUUUCUGAGUCAGUAGAAAGAAGCUAAAUUAUUUUCACAUGCUUCUGGAUGAGACAGAAUAGUUUAACUAAUUGCCUUAAGAUAAUUAUGGACAAUAAUUACCAAUAGACAUGCUUCUUUAUUCUACAGGUAUAUUUUUUGUUAUCUUCAAAUGUAAAAGAUGUUUCAUCUAAGACUAAGUAAUAUGGCAUAGAAAUAAUUAUUUGAAAAUUGACAUUUUCCCCCCAUGUUUUCCUUUUCUAGAGAUUUUAAAUCUUUCCUAUACAGCCAGCACAGCUAGAAAGACGUUUUUCUUUAAAACUAACAUGGAAACUGUGAUUACUCAAAGAAACAGAUAAAAAAUAAGGCUAGUGCUUAUUUGUUCUGCCUUUCCUCUAUCUCCUUUUGCAUAUUCCAGUUCAAUUAGUUGUUGCUGCUGUUUUUCAGUACUCCUUACUAUAUUUUCCUUUUACAUUCAAAUUUACAAAUUACCGGUAUGAUUUACUCUUAUUCUCUGCUUAAACAUGUGAACUACCUAAUUUAAGUUUGAAGCAUUAGAGUGCAAUUCAUUUUUUUUAGUAAUUCUGCCCUAUAACUAUCAUCAUUUUAUUAAUUUACUUCUUUUAAAGCAGCAUGAUCAUUUCUUCAUUAUCACCCCUCUUUUGAUCCUGCUCUGUUAGAGGUAUUGGACCACAAAAAUUCCCGACCAAAAUUUCCACACAUCCCUAAGUUGAAGAAGACUUGUUUAUAUGGAUGUUACAUUUCCUUAGCAGACCUUGUGAACAGCAUGGUUCCCAAUACAGCAAACAUUCAUUAGCAGUUGCAAGAGUGAUCAGCGAAGUCGUAAUACAUAGUUCCAAAGGACAAAUCUGGCAAAUCAUAAGCUGAUCAACAUAGAGUUCAAGCAGUCUGCUGAUAAUGUAUGGAAAGAAAAUAAAUAUUGAUUCAUAUAUUAUUCAAAAUCAGACAUCCUGAUAGCCAUUUGGCUAUUUAUUUGUUAAAAAUUGCAGAUUUAGAAUAUUCUGAUGGGAGUGGGAGAGAUACAGUAUUUCAAAAUUAAGGAUCAGCAGGAAGUUUCCAAAAGGAUCUCCAUUUUCAUCACCCCAAUCUCCAUAAACCUAAAACCAUGUUGCUAAAGCUUGGGCAUUCUACAGCUGAAUUUAAGCAAUAUGCUUGUCAAAGGUCUGCCGUAUCCAUAUCACUCCUAUUAUUCCGACACCCUGAAACACACACACAAAAAAGCCAAAAAAAUGUGAUUGAUGCCCCUUGUAGUGAUACUGCCUACUGCUAUGAAAACAAUUUGGCAUACAAUCUGUACCCAUGUGAAAAGUGUACUGCAAAAUGACAAACUUGCCAAGACAAUCUGGGGUAACCUUGAGUAUUUCAAAUGUUGCACGUCUAUUCUGUAAUAUAUCACUGAAGCAAGUGUAGGUGGUGGGGCACAAAUAGAGAGACAAAUCUAUUUCUUCCUCUUUUUUUUAAAUUCUAAAUUACAUUAUUGUCAGUGUUAGAAUUGACAGUACAGCAACUUUUUUCACAUUAUUCUUUGAUUCACUUAUAAGUCAUAUGGCAAAAAUGUGUCUUAAAAGUAUGAAUUUGUCAACAUAUGAAGCUGUAGCAAUGGUUUUGUUAUAAAACACGAGAAGGAUUCCCAAAUCAAGAUUGGCACCUUAUUAUUUUCCAUCCAGAAAAUAGUGCUUUAUACUCCAUGAUUUAAUCUUCUUUCCAUGUCCUCCUUGUUUAUGUAAACUAUAGCUAACUGUACAAUAAACUACUUUUUUGAAUGAAGAACUGACAUGGAUACGGUUUAAAACAGUAUGCAUGGUUUUUAGUGCUGCUACACUAAAGAAAUUGCUAUAUCUUAAAGGCACUUCUUUUUAGUUAAUUAAAAAUCCAUUUCCUAAUUCACAUACAGUUUCAGUUUCUUCUCCAGCCUACCAUCUUUAAACUGUGUAGCGAUUACAACCCUGAGAAUUCCAAGACAUUGGGAAUUUGGGCUGGAAUUUAGAAUUUAGAAUGGAAUAAGCUGGGAGGGACCUUCUAAUCCGGCCCCCUGCUCAAGCAGGAGAACCUAUACCAAUUUAUUCUAUACUAAUUCUAAUAGCUGUACGGGUAUUCCUUGACCUGCAACCAGAAUUAAGCCCAGAAUUACAGUCAUACAAUAAGUCAUUACAGUCUAAG